GCCGUAGCCGCAACGCGCAUCACAGGGAUUGCCUACUCCACUUCAGCGCAUGCUAGGUAUUUUCAAGUCGAGUCACGUGACGGCGUUUUUCUCCGCUCUCGCCCGAGUUCGUAGUGUGCUGUUCACUGCCUUUAGGCUUUAGACCUUCCCAUUUUUACUGUCUACAUCAGACCAUGGCCCGUGUAUCAUUCCAAACGACCCCGCCAGCUCGUUUUGCCAGCACCUGGGUCAAACGGUGGGGGCCAACGUUGGGCAUUUGGGGUGUGGGUGCCGGUACUACUGCCCUCUUCUUAUUGUCUGUUACCCCGGUGGUGAAGCAGGGCCUGCUCAUAAACAUUCCAAUGCUUGGCAGUUACUAUGAGGACAAAACACCUGCUUCGGACAAGCCGUUCUGAGUUCGUCCGCAAUUAUAGACCCAUACCGGCCUUUGAAAUACCAAUAUCUCAUUAAUGUAGAAUGCGGCUACCCGGACUAUUAGGCUUUGUGAUGGUUUCAUUCCUCCGCGGAGCAGUCAAUACAAUUUGUGAUACAACCAAAU